AGAGCCCACAGAACCUCUCUCACACGCACACAGAGAAAAAUCACAGAGUGGGGUGACCUGACCAUUGAGAACACAGGUAGCUAGCUAGGUAUUGCUCACAGAAUGAAGAUGGCUGUUAUGGUUGCUGCUUUAGCAAUAGUAAUAUUAGCAGCUGUAUCACUGCAUGGCGCAGACGCAGCUACGUAUGUGGUAGGAGAUGCUUUUGGCUGGCAAAAUCCUCCCAACUCCACUUUCUACUCUUCUUGGGCUUCCUCUCACAAUUUCACCGUCGGCGACUCUCUCUUAUUCAACUUCGCCACCGGAGUACACGACGUCGCCACAGUUACGGAGGACGCUUACACUAACUGUAACACCGGCAAUCCCCUCAAUAUAGUAAACACUGGUCCGGCGAACGUUACUCUCAAUUCCACGGGUAUGGUCUAUUAUAUUUGCACCUUUGCUGGGCACUGCAAUAGAAACCAAAAAUUAGCUGUUAAUGUUGGUGGAUCUACCUCCUCUACCCCCUCGCCACCUGGUACCACUGCCAGUCCACCACCUCCACCGCCACCACCACCUGGGAGCUCAGCCGCCUCAACUACUGCGGGUAGUUUUGCUUUGAUGUUGAUGUCCUUGGGUUUCAUGUAUAUUUAGGUAUGAUCAUGGCUUGACGUACUUCCAUGGACCAUUAUUCAUGUGAUGGUGAUGAUUUAUUGGCUCAUACUUUGUAUUUGAAUAAAGCUGUUGCAUUACUAGAUUAAUUUUUAACAAUAAAUGUAGCCCUUAUUUUUAUUCUAAA